AUGUACCGAAGAGAUAGCAAGCUAGUAAACUCUAUACCCUCAAUAUUUACCGAUUACUGGCGUCCAUCACAUGGCUUGCAUGGUGAGAUAUUACGAUUUGGGAAUGAUGACCUUCUGGGCAGUCAGGUCAAGGUCGAAACAGACGAAUUGAAAAUCGAAGGAUUACAUGCUGACAAAAAUGGAAAGGUAUAUUUUGAUAAUGGCUGA